AUGGCCAACCGCGCGGGACCGCCGCGUGCUGGCACUGCGACUGCGCCCCAGAGGACGGACUUCAUGCCAGCGUUCAUUCGCAUGGCAGUGAUGGCAAGCAUCUUCUACGUCGGAAGGGCCACACCUGACUGCUAUUGGCACUUUGCGCCACUCAUCGGCGUCAUUCCGCCAGAAGAGUAUCUGCAGUGGAUGGGAUGGCAGAUGGGUCCGCCGCGAGUCUGGAGAAGACACCGCAGCUCAUUCGCCUCCUCACCCCAAACCUCGAUACCUCGACACCUUUCCUGA